CGGACCAAGGCAAGGCGCACGCGGACAUGCGCCGUGACGGUUAUCCCUGAGCGCAGCGCACGCUCGCCCCCCGCUUGUCCGGUUCAGCUCCCCUUCCCGGCCGUCCGUUCCAGAGCUUCUGGUGGCUUCCGCCUCAUCGACGGCAUCCGCACAUGUAGGCGCCACAGAUCCGACCCGCCCCCGCCCCUGUCCGCGAGGCCGGCGAGGGAGCCAAGCUACCAAACCCCAUCCACCCUCCCGCCACCGGCACGACCCCAAUCCAGUGCCCAGGGCGAUGCUGCUCCGCAGGGUGUGGGGAUCCGUGCUCGCGCGCGCGGCGCCGGGGCCCAGCCCGGCGCCUCCAGGCUCCCGGCGGGGCCGCCGCGCGCAGCCGCCCGCCGAGCAGUACUGCGCGUCGCUGUCGCUCGGCGCGCUCGACGCCGUCCCGACCGACGUGGUCGCCCAGAUCCUGCGCCUGCUCGGCCCCGUCGAGGCCGCGCGCUCCACCGCCGUCUGCCGCGCCUGGCGCAUCCUCGCCUCCGACAACGGCCUGUGGGCCUUCUUCCUGCGCCUCGGCCCCGAGCCAUGGGACCUCGUCGUCUUCGCCGAGACGCACCUCGCCGCCGGCCCCGAUUCGCACCCGUGGCUGUACUUCGAUAACACGCCGCAGCUCUCGUUCAAACAGAUUUACGGCCUCCGAGCGGUGGUCCCGGGUACUCUCAUAGUGGAUGGUGGAUCUGGGUAUUGCAAGUACGGCUGGAGCAAGUAUGCUGCUCCUUCUGGGCGUUGUGCGACAUUCUUGGAAUUUGGUAACAUUGAAUCACCUAUGUAUGCGAGGCUUCGUCACUUCUUCUCUACGAUCUAUACGAGGAUGCAAGUAAAGCCUUCCACUCAACCAGUUAUUGUUGUCCUUCCACUGUGUCAUACCGAUGAUACCGAGUCUGCUAGGGCCUCAAGAAAGCAAUACAAGGAGACGAUAUACUCUGUCUUGUUUGAUAUGAAUGUUCCUGCUGUUUGCGCUGUUGAUCAAGCAGUUUUAUCUUUGUAUGCUUCUAAAAGGACCUCCGGAAUCGUUGUCCACAUUGGAUUCAAUACCACUUCUGUUGUUCCUAUUUUUGAAGGCAGGGUAAUGUAUGAGAUAGGUGUUGAAACUGUGGGGCAAGGAGCCCUUAAACUCACUGGAUUUCUUAAGGAGUUAAUGCUCCAAAGAAACAUAUCUUGUGAGUCACUGUAUACUGUCCGGACCAUCAAGGAGAAACUUUGCUACGUAGCAGCUGAUUAUGAAGCUGAACUACGUAAAGAUACGCAAGCUUCUUGUGAGGUUGACGGUGAAGGGUGGUUCACUCUGUCAACUGAGAGAUUCAAGACUGCAGAAAUUCUAUUUCAGCCCCAUAUGGGAGGAAUGCGUGCUAUGGGCUUGCAUAAAGCAGUAGCUCUAUGUAUGGAUCACUGCUACAAUUCAGAAGUAGUUGGUGAUGACAGCUGGUACAAGACAAUUCUUUUAUCUGGUGGAUCGUCAUGUUUACCUGGUUUACCAGAGAGGCUGGAGAAAGAGCUUCGUCAACUUCUUCCACCUUACAUCUCUGAAGGAAUAAGAGUAGUUCCUCCUCCAUUUGGCAUUGAUUCUGCCUGGUUUGGUGCAAAGAUGAUCAGCAAUGUGAGUACUUUCACUGAGGCAUGGUGUGUGAAGAAGAAGCAGUUCCGCCAGAAGAUACGCAGGAAUGGUCCAUUGUUUGUGAAUGCUUGGUAAUAAGUAUCCCAUAUACAGUUAUGAUUGCACAGCAAUCAGCAACAAGUCGUGAUUGAGAAAUAAACAUGGAGUUUCCAUGGAGCUAUCCUCUAUGGGUUCACAGCAUCCAGUUCAGGCUCCAUUAUUAAGUAUGAGUAAUUACAUAUAUCAUGUACAUGGAUUAUGAGCAAAAGCACCAUAGAUUAUUGUUGUUAUAGCAUGUUUUUGUGAGUUUACUGUUAAUAGAGAAUGUUCGAGGAAACAAUUCUUUCGCUAUUGGAUUUAAGUCGUCUUUGUAAUUAUUCAAGUUUGAGUUUGGUACAGUAAUAAAUGUUGUCAUAUAUUAUAGACCAAUUUUGUUUUGUAA